AUUCCAGGCAAACAGCCCCAAAACAGUGCCCAUACCCUCAAAACGCCGCAAAAUGAGAGCGUUUGCCUGGAAUGGGCAAAGACUAUGUGUGGUGUGGUCCGUAAUUUGCUUCCUGUCAUUCGGAACUGCCUCGAACCACACUCAGACUGCCUGCCACUCGCCACUCUCGAACCUGCCAGGCGGGGGCUUCUGGGCCCAUGCGGACCCGGAUCAAACGUCGUGACUGGCAGCGACCAAAAUCGGGGCAGCCGUGGCAGCCUCUUCAACCCCUGCACCCAAACGAAGAACCCGUGUUAUACCCACAACAGUACUUUGAAGAACCACACACUCGAAGGUGUGUCCCCACACUCGAUAUAACCCCUAUCCUUGUCGAGGGGUGCGGUCCUUUUUUUGUCGGGGCGCUGGAUUUUUGUUGUCGAGGAGGUGAGGUCAUGGUUAUAGUCGAGGCUAUAACACGGCCUCGACCGCUUUACAUACCUUACUCCUGGCUUCUUAGGCACUUCUAGUUCAGUACGCAUUUCCCGAGUGUGUGAGUGUGUGUGCCCCUGUAUGUUUCUCCACACCAGCCUCCAAGGCUGUUUCCGAGGCAGUUGGAUUGUUCAGCACUUUUCACCCGAGUCUUUGCCAUAUUCCGCGCGCCAUGACUUUGGGUGGGCUUUGUCGAAGCGUCGCUGUCGCUGGUUUCUCUUUGCAACUGCAGGCUUUGUCAAUUUGAUGCGACCAUGGCCAUUUACAGUCAUUUACAUCUCAAAGUCUACUUGAUUGAUUGUGGUAGGGUGGAGGCCGUUGCUAUACCUUAUGUUUGUGGUUUGACCCAUUUUUGUGCAUUUGGCCGCGCAGGGAGGCGCACGCGACGCUGCCGAAGGGAGGAAUCGGAGGCAGAGCUCCAAAGCCAAGAGUCACUCCUGCGCAGCUGCCUCAAGCGCUGUGCCAUUGAGUCCUCCAGCUCCUACGAGGCAGUUCUUCGUCGCCUAAAGAAGGCCAUGGAGACAAACGCGCCGAGGCCAUUGAAUCGCAACGAGAUGGUGAUAAGGCUUGAACAGGCACUACGGCUGGACAUGGAGUGCCGACAAGGACAGGUCCGCGUUCGCAAACUUCGGAGCUUUGAAGAUUUGGGGAUUCUUUGAGCGUG